GCGAUAUUUUUUGUUUUUCAUGUUGAAAUUGAAGCCAUAGCUUGAAAAUAUAUUAAAUAUUGGGUGUAUUUGUAGAGUAAUGUUAAUUCCUAGUCGGUUAAGACAUAAACAUGCACUUUUCAAUUCCUGACUUACAACAAUUUCGCGACGACAAUGGAAUUAAUUAUACGGGAUACAAUAUACACAUUGAUGGAUUUUUUCACUGCACGACGAGAUAUAAGCAGCUGCUUAGCCUGCACGAACAACUGCAGGCACAAUAUGGACAUAUCAAGUUACCUCAAUUUCCUCCAAAGAAAUUAUUUCUUACUAAUUCUCAAUUAGAAGAGAGGAGAGUUUUGUUAGAGAAAUACAUUCAACUAGUUGGACAAAGUCCCGUGUUGUCAAACUCGGGUAUCCUAAAUACAUUCCUUCUUUCUGCUCAACAAGAGACACAUUCUGUGAAGAUGCAUGUUGUGGACAUUGAAAUAUUCUUAAUGAAUGGGUACAGAAUACCAUUGUCAGUUUCAUCUACUGACUCCUCGAGCACAGUGCUGGAUAUUGCUUGUAAUUAUGUAAAUUUAUCAAAAGAUUUAGUAAAAUACUUUUCACUAUUCCUGUUCAAUUGGAGCUGUGCAAAGGACAGCCAGCCUUGCUUUAAAAAGUUGGAGGAUUAUGAAUCUCCACAUAUAUCUCUCAAAUACGUAAGACCAGAUGAUAAGAUAGUUUUAAGAAAAAGUUACUGGGAUCCAUGCUAUGAUGUUGAUUUAAUGAUAGAUAGAGUAUCAAUUGAUUUACUUUAUCUCCAAAUUAUAGAAGAAUUGGACUUAGGGUGGAUUGUAGCUGAUACUGAAACAAAAGAGAUCUUAGCUGGCUAUGAAUCUAAAAAACAAAAGAGAGAGUAUAUAGAAUUGGCGCGGACGCUACGCCGUUACGGCAGUAUACCUGCGGGUGACGCGAUCACGGAUGCCAGUAACGUGUGUGACCCAACCGCUACCACGGCGAAAGUACGGGUGCACCUCACAGCUAAGGACCUGACUGUGACGUGCACGGCACACCCAGAUCACGAACGUAAAUAUAAAAUCACAAAAAUGAGGUGCUGGCGAAUCACUACUAUACAUAAUUUUGAUCAUCAACAGACUAAUGGCCACAACUCUUUGCUGGAAGAGCCCAAUAAGAACUUUGAACUGUCGUUUGAGUAUUUAAUGAAUAAGGACAACCUUGUUUGGGUCACACUAAGGACGGAAAAUGCAGUUUUCAUCAGUGUGUGCUUGCAGUCGAUCGUGGACGAGUUGAUGCGAGCGAAGAGCGGGUGGGGGCCGUCGUCGCCGCGGGUGAAGCGAGCGAGCCUCACGUACCUGCGCCGCGACGGCUCCAGCCAACUCAUCACGCCCUCCUCCUCUAGUGACACGCUCAGCUCCAAUAACGGGGACUCAUACACGUCAGGAAGCUCCAGGGAGAUAUUCUCAGUGCAGAAACUGACUGAGAAGUUUGCAUCGGUUGCCUUUAAGUCCGGAAAAGACUGCGUAGAAAAUAAUGCUUUCGAAUGCAUCGGAGAUGAUGAGUUGUAAAUAAUUUGCAAACUUUAUUUCCAAAGAAC